GAAACAUUUAUUUUCGAGAGAUGGUGAUAAUGAAAAACCUCCUAUUUUACUUCAGAUGGCCAACGAUACUGAUGAUCUUCCAUUUAUAUCUACUCUACAGUCCUUUAGGCGUCGGGUUGCCUACGCUAAUGCACGAUAUGAUCAUCUUGUUGGAUGGAGUACAUCAUCACUGCGGCGUUGAAGUGAGCUCCCAAAGAAUUGACAAAUACCCGCAUGUCGUAAAUGUGGAGUUAGCAAAACCUGUGAAUACUCAAGAAGAAAUGUCUUUAGAGGGCCAAGUCAAUGUAUGCAAGACCAUUGAUAUGGAAGAGGCAAUGAUCAGGGGUCUCACAAAAAUGAGCUGGGAAAGGGUUGAUAUUGACUUCAGUGGAACUAAACAAAGACUUUUGGCGCAUAGUACUAUUCAGGUAAAAACUUACUGUGUGAAUUCCGCCGGAGCUGAUGUGAUACAACAUAUGAUCGACAAUUUUCUGUUAUAGGUGUCACCAAAUUACAUUUAUUUAUGCAUCAAUUUAUUUUAUUUUAUUUUUCAGUUUCUUCCAUAUGGAGAUAAUGUAA